AUGUUAUCAAAGAAGUAUUCUAAAGUAUUUUCUCCUUCCUUGGGAAAAUUUAAUGGAGGUGCUCUGCGACUGGAUAUGCAAGAGGGAGCCAAGCCCAAGUUUUGCAAAGACCGUUCCAUUCCUUUUGCCUUAUGCCGAGGAAUUGAGGCGGAACUAGACCGACUUGUCACUGAAAACAUCUUGAGCCCAGUAUCAUACAGCAGUUGGGCAACACCCAUUGCACCAGUAGCUAAGAAAAAUGGAACCAUCAGAAUUUGUGGUGACUAUAAAAUUACUCUUAAUCCUGUAUUGUUAAUUGAUAAAUACCCAUUGCCCCGUAUUGAGGAAUUAUUUUCUAAACUACAAGGCGGAGUUGAGUUUUCAAAAAUUGAUCGUUCUCAAGCAUAUCAGCAGAUUGAGUUAGGCAAUGAGUCAAAGAAAUUAACAACUAUUAAUACUCCAAAGGGGUUAUUUAGUUAUAAUCGUUUACCUUUUGGUAUUGCUAGUGCUCCAGCAAUGUUUCAAAGAAUAAUGGAACAAAUCUUAGCAGGUUUAGAUGGGGUUGUUUGUUUUUUAGAUGACAUUUUAAUUACUGGAAAAAGUUUUGGAUAG